AUGGGCACCAUAGUCGGUCUGACCGCUGGCCUUUACCAAGCCCUCAACCUUCUCGGAGCAGCAGGUGGACAUCCCAACUCAUUCCAGACCAUUCAGGUCGUUAAUGCCACACUCUGCGCUGUCUUUGCCGUUUCAUCGUGCUUCGCAGGCAGUGUGUUAAACACCGUGGGCCCGGCCAUUACGGCUGUUCUUGGAAUCAUUGGCUUCGCGCUUUAUGUUGCAGGACUUUGGUUUUUCGAUAAAACCGCCCACGACUGGUUUCCCAUCCUUGGUGGUGUUGCGAUCGGAAUUUCUGCUGGUCUGAUAUUCGUUGUCAUGGGAUCAAUCUCCAUGGCGUACUCUGAAGAAGAAGAGCGAGGAUCUUUCAUCGCCAUAUCGAUCAACCUGCAAGCUGCUGGCUGCGCUGUUGGAGACUUCAUCGCCCUUCUCAUCAACCGGAACUCUAGAGAAGCUGCCGGUGUCCCUGUGGCAUUUUACGCCAUCCUUAUAGCCAUGAUGGGCUGCGGUUGCCUACUCGCCUUGACCUUGAAGCCUGCUUCCAAAGUAUUCCGAAACGAUGGCACUCAGGUAGCCACCCUCCAGGCCCGAGGCUACUGGGAGGAGCUGAAAGCGAAUCUCGAAAUCUUUAAGGACUGGAAACUCAUGAUCAUGAUUCCGGCAUUUCUCCCCUCUGAAUGCUUCCUAGUCUACAAUGGCUCAGUCAAUGCCUUCCACAACAACUUGAGAACGAGGACUCUCCUCUCAUUUUGCGCCGUCACCUUACAGAUUCCUUUCGGUUACGCUCUGCAGAAGAUCUUGGACCACAAGACAUGGACUCGUCGCACUAGAGCGUUCCUGGGCCUCGCAGCUGUGAGCGUGCCGCUGCUAGCAGCCUGGCUCUGGGAAAUCGUACGCACUCGUCAUUAUAACCGCGCGAGCCCUCCUAGCCCAAUGGACUGGACCGAUGACAAUUUUGCCGCCACAUUCGUUCUCUUUUGUCUGAAUUGGAUAUCGAGUAUCCUGAUGCAAUGCAUUAUCCUUUACUUCCUCAGCUGCAUGACAAACUCUCCUGCGAAGGCUGCUAACUACGCUGGCGUUUACCGCGGGUUCCUGGCAGGUGGCGAAGCCAUAUGCUUUGGGCUGGACUCCAUAGCCGUACCGUACAUCAAGGAGUCUGGUGUUCUCUUCGCCUUCUACGCCACGGGUGUGCUGGUCUUUAUUUACCUUGGGACAUAUCACAUCACCGAAACUCAGUAUCUGACUGGAGAAGAGGGCGUUGUGGUGCCGGUUCACGUUGUUGAGGAGUACGACCUGGUUGGCAAGGGGGACUUGGAGUCUCCGGCUCCAAAAAUUGAGGGCACCACCACGACGCUGAACGAGAUUGGCCAGAAGGCAUGA